AUGAAAUACUUAAUCAUCCUUAGUGCUCUCGCUUGCGUUGCCUACUCUCAACUUCCCGGGCCUUGUGAGUCGCCCAAACAAUGGGAAGGGAGAGUUUUGACUCUUGACAGGAGCAAGAAUUUCACUCAGAUAGGAAAGGUCAGCUAUGAUGAAACACAAAGAAGAGAAAGAAUUAUUGAAGAGGUUGAAUUCGGAUCCGACCGGGAUUAUUUCGAUUCUCUAUUUCUCCAUAAUGUCGGAAAGGGUUAUAUCCUUAACCUGAAAACGAGGAAGUGUAACGUAACAAACUUGACAGAACCAUUCAUCCCCCGUGGUAUUCCUCGGGAGGCCGAAUUUUCUGGCGAGGCAACCAUUGGAGCUGCCGGUGUUCCCGGAGAGUACAUGGUUGUGGAGAACUUUAAGGGUACCUUCAGAUCUACUGGGGCCAAGUUCUUUGGUGUAGCCACUCGACCAGAUUGCUUUCCAGUCGAGUUUGGUUAUUACAACGAGAAAACUGGAUUUGUUCAACAAACAAUAUUUGACGUCAAUAUUGGAAUUUCUGAUCCUAAUGUUUUCAUUCCACCAAGAGAAUGCCUUUAG